AUGCUGCCGCACUCUUUUUUGUUGGCUGCGUCGGGGGCAAAUGUGCCGGCGUCUGACAAUCUGCGGGUUCCACCGCCACGACGACUGAAGGAGGCGGAGGUGUCUGCGGCUGCCUUCGCAGGCUGCACCCCGUGCGGCCCAGUCGUGUGGCAAACAGUUCCCUCGCGGAAUUCACGUGCACCGCACCACGUGCUGGGCGCAGCGUAUAUUUGCGUCGCGGGGGACAAUGCGGUGGCGUCCAUUCUCCUUUUCGCGGGUGAAGGAAGAGGCGGCGGGUGUUCUGCUCCUUCGCACCUCAGCGAAUUGCAGCGCAAAAUGCCACCGCGACGAGGCAGUCAA